AUGGACGCCUCGCCCGCGCUCCUGGGCACCCCGCCGGCUGAGGUGCUGGAGGAAGCGCUCCGGGAGCAGUUCGGGCCGCUGCCCCACUUGGCCGCCAUCUGCCGCCUCAAGCGGCUGCCGUCGGGCGGCUACUCGUCCAUUGAGGACCUGCAGCUGGUGCUGGAGCGGCGGCGCGUGGCCAACGCCAAGGAGCGCGAGCGGAUAAAAAAUCUCAACCGCGGUUUUGCCAAACUGAAGGCACUGGUGCCAUUUCUUCCCCAAAGCAGGAAGCCUAGCAAAGUUGAUAUCCUUAAAGGUGCAGCUGAAUAUAUACAAAUUCUCAGUGAUGUUUUGGAAGCAGCCCAAGACUCUGAGAAACAAGACCCAGGUCGUCAGAGCUAUGGCAACAAUACUUUUGAACCGCAUAUACCCUUGGCUAGAGAGCUAUCCAGAAACAUCAUCCAACACGCUGGCGGUCCUAUGAGCUUGAAGAAUGAGGAGGAAGGGUCCUGGGCAGAUGGUGGCAGUGGUGAGUCGGCACACAUUUGUCACCAGAGGGCGAAGUCUACGAAGGGAGUUAUCUCCCCAACCAGAACUCUGGAUAAAUUCCCAGAAGUGAAACUGCGUCACAGGUUCCCUCAAGUAUGAAAAGUGAAAAGGCUGGCCCAGGGCUACCUUGUACAGACAAAUAAAUGCAGUCUUGAAAGUU